GGACAGCCAGCAGGCUUCCCGUAAGUCGGUAAAUCUUAAACAUCGGCGGCGAUAUUUCACUUUUCACAGUGCGCUUAAACCACUGCUUAGUAAUUAUUGGUAUCAGGAACGAUCAGAUCUCAGUUCAAAUUGAAAUACUCGCAUCAACACAUGGUCUCCGCGGAUCGAUAAAUGGCGAAUUUUUUGGCUCAGUUUCAGAGCAUCAAACACACUUUCGAUCGCAUCGUCAUUGCCGUUGAAGAUGUGAGCGAUUUGUGGCCCCUUGUGAGAAAGGAGUUCGAAGUACGUGUACCAUUCAAAAGAGCCUUACUAAAUAACAAGACACGUAAUGCUGUUCUGGUAGAUGAAUUCCAAGCCGAGUAUGUAUUGACAACAGAUUCAAGACUCCGCAGUCGGUUCCCACAAGAACAAUCAUUGUUUUGGUUCCGAGAGCCAUAUGCUACACUGGUCCUAGUCAGUUGCGAGGAUCUUGAUGAAUUUAAGACAAUACUCAAACCAAGGUUGAAGUUAAUAGUUCAAAAUGAUGAACGGGAAUGGUUUAUUGUGUUUGUGUCUAAAGCACCAGCUCACAAUGACCAGGCCACCAAGAUGGCCAAAAAAGUUUAUGCCAAACUUGAGGUUGAUUUUAGCUCAAAGAAAAGAGAAAGAUGCUGCAAACUGGAUUUGCAUGGAACAGACCCAAAUUUCUGGGAAGAUUUGGAAUCCAAAAUCAUGGAGUGUAUUAGAAAUACACUUGAUAAGCGCAUUCAGUUUUAUGAGGAGGAGAUUAGGAAGCUCAGUGAACAGCGCUUCAUGCCAGUUUGGAAUUUCUGUAACUUCUUUAUUCUAAAGGAAAGCUUAGCUUUUAUGUUUGAGAUAGCUCAUCUCCAUGAAGAUGCUCUACGUGAAUACGAUGAACUAGAACUCUGUUACUUGGAAACAGUUAAUAUGAUUAGGAAAAGGAGGGACUUCGGAGGAGCGGAGCGUGGCGAUGAUCAGGCUGCACUACUCAACCCAGCAGACAAAGCACUGAUGCAGAUUGUGCAGGAUGACUCAUUUAGGGAAUUUGAAUUCAGGCAGUAUCUGUUUGCCUGCCAAGCAAAGCUGUUAUUUAAGCUGAAUCGUCCAUUUGAAGUUGCAUCGAGGGGUUAUUCUUUUAUAAUUAGCUUUUCGAAGUCAUUGGCCCUCCAUGAGAGAACGUUGCCCUUCUGUAUGCGUGAGGUGUGGGUAAUAACUGGUUGCUUGGGUUUAAUUAAUGCAACCACUUCCAAAUAUAAAGAUGGACUUGUGGCACCUGAUACGGAAAAGGAGUUCUACCGACUAAAAGGGGAUCUGUACUCCUUAUGUCGUACUAAGUUCAUGCGGCUUGCUUAUUUAAUUGGCUAUGGGGCGCAUAUUGAAAGAAGUCCUGUCAACAGUGCUUCACUUAGCAUGCUUCCUUGGCCUAAACCUGCAGUUUGGCCUUCUUUACCACCUGAUGCUUCAUCUAAGGUGCUUGCAAAAGAAAAGAUGAUUCUUCAAGACUCUUCACGUCCUAAACAUUUUGGAAUUCAGAAGAAACCACUUCCUCUAGAACCAUCUGUAUUAUUGCGUGAAGCAAAUCGCCGAAGAGCUUCUCUCUCUGCUGGAAAUGUGUUCGAAAUGUUUGAUGGUCAUCCGAGCAUGACUGAUGGCUCAGGUUCAAUAUCCCCACCAUCCAAAGUACCUGUAGUAAUAUCUAUGUCACGAACUCACUCUUCACCUGGAUUUGAGAGCUCUAUCAGUCGGCCUUUGAGACUUUCUGAAAUUUUUGUUGCUGCUGAGCAUGCUUUGCAGAAUACAAUAUCUGAUAAAGAACUAUGGAAAUCAUUGUCGUCUCCGGAGGAAUUCGAGCAAAAAUAUUUGGAGCUGUCAAAGGGUGCUGCUGAGAACUAUCAUCGCUCUUGGUGGAAGAGGCAUGGGGUUGUUCUUGAUGGUGAAAUUGCAUCUGUGUAUCAUAAGCUUGGAAACUUCGAUCUUGCUGCGAAGCUGUACGAAAAGGUCUGUGCUCUUUAUGCUGGUGAAGGAUGGCAGAACCUAUUGGCUGAAGUCCUUCCCAAUUUAGCAGAGUGUCAAAAGAUACUGAAUGAUCAAGCUGGUUAUCUCGCUUCCUGUGUGAGGCUGCUGUCAUUGGAUAACGGAUUGUUUCUGACCAAGGAGCGCCAGGCAUUUCAGUCUGAAGUUGUCCAUCUUGCUCAUAGUGAAAUGGAGCACCCUGUGCCUUUAGAUGUGUCCUCGCUGAUAACAUUUUCUGGCAACCCUGGGCCUCCACUGGAGCUGUGUGAUGGGGAUCCUGGUUCCCUUUCUGUAACUAUUUGGAGUGGAUUUCCUGAUGAUAUUGCUCUUGAAUCACUCAGUCUCACUCUGACAGCUACAAAUAUCACCGAUGAUGGUGUUAAGGCUAUAAAACGCUCUGGUGCUACAAUAUUAAAUCCAGGAAGGAAUACAAUCACAGUUUCUUUACCUCCCCAGAAACCUGGGUCUUAUGUUUUGAGUGUUCUAACGGGGCAAAUUGGUCAAUUGAGAUUUAGAUCUCAUAGUUUUUCCAAAGGAGGACCUGCAGAUACUGAUGACUUCAUGAGUUAUGAGAAGCCAACAAGGCCUAUCUUAAAGGUGUUCAAACCAAGGUCUCUGGUUGAUCUUGUGCCUGCUAUCUCAUCUGCUUUGCUUAUCAACGAACCUCAGUGGGUAGGAAUAAUUGUCAAACCAAUGAGCUACUCCCUUAAAGGCGCUGUACUUCACAUAGACACUGGACCUGGUUUGAUUAUUCAACAGUCCCAUGGAAUUGAAAUUGAGAAGCAUACAGAUGGAUCUCAUAAUGAAUCCGAGUCAGGUGGCCCGGAAGGUUUUGAAGGUGAUGGUACCCAAGUUACUGCAGAAGUAAAGCAAUUGUCUCUUCAAGAUGGAAAAAUUGAGCUUCCUGACUGGGCUAGCAAUGCAACUUCUGUUUUAUGGAUCCCCGUGCGUGCUGCCAGUGAUGGCCUUCCUAGAGGAAGUCCUGCAGGAGAACGCAUAUCCCAGAGACAGAGUCUUGUGGAUGGGAUGAGGACAGUAGCUCUAAAACUUGAAUUUGGAGUAACUCGUAAUCAGAUAUUUGAAAGGACAAUGGCUGUGCAUUUUACAGACCCAUUCUCUGUGAGCAUACGGGUUACAGACAAAUGCAAUGAUGGCACUCUGCUUUUGCAGGUGAUACUGCAAUCACAAGUGCAAGCUUCACUGACCAUCCAUGAUGCUUCACUUGAUCUUCAAGAUGGCUUUUCCCACACAGGAAGCAGUGAUGGGAGACCAAUCUCUGGAUUCUUUCCAUUGACCGUGUCUCCAAAAUCAAGAUCUUCAAUCUUGUUCUGUAUAUGUUUGAAGAAUACACUAGAAAAGGCAGAUGAAGCUAACAAGCAGCUGUCAGAAAGUAUAUUAAAUAUUAAAUAUGGGAUUUUGGGUGAUAGAAUGGUUGGAGCUCAUUCCCCUGUGGCUGAGGAACGCAGUAUACCUGAUGACACAACACCGGAGCUGAUGUUCAGGAGUUCUCUUGUUUUACAGAAACCUGUGCUUGACCCUUGCUUUGCAGUUGGCUUUCUUCCUCUUUCUAGUGGUCUGCGAGUUGGACAGCUUGUUACCAUGAAAUGGAGAGUUGAAAGGUUAAAAACAUUAGAUGAACAUACAGCUUCCGAAGGCAAUGAUGAAGUGUUAUACGAGGUCAAUGCAAACUCUGAUAACUGGAUGAUUGCUGGGAGGAAAAGGGGACACAUGCCUCUUUCCAUAAAACAAGGGUCAAGAAUAGUAAUUUCAGUGUUGUGCUUGCCACUAGUUUCUGGAUAUGUUCGCCCUCCUCAACUGGGCUUGCCGAAUGUGAACUGGUCGAACAUAAGUUGCAACCCUCCCAGUCCACACUUGGUCUGUGUGAUGCCUCCCACUCUCAGUUCCUCAUUUUGUAAGCCAGCCUAAGCAUAUAUGAAUAUUUUUUGCAUCCAUUCCUACAAAAUUGAAAAGCGACAGCGCAGAAACAGGACACCAGUUUUUCUUCCUUCCCAGAAAUCGUGUACAUUGUAUGUAUUUUCUUUUUUCGUAUUGGAGUUGCGGGAAUUUACAAACUCAGCCCCUCCUUAAAGCAAUGCUUUUACUCUUGUAUAGCAAGAAUUUGGGGUUGUACAAUACGGUAGAGACUGAGAAGGCUAUUGCCACCUUCCCUUGUAUACACGACUAUGGUUAAGAAAUGAUAGUUUAGGGGGAAAGAAAAUUUUUAAGUUUUCAUGGAUAA